AUGGCCACCCAUCGACCUCGCAGCAACAAGCCUGCAGCUGGCAGCGUCGCACCCAAACGCGGCUGGGUGGUGCUCUCUGCUCUCCUCGUCGGCUUCAUCGCCCUCAUCGCAGCGCUCGACUCGAUACGCUCGAGCUUCUACAUCUUUGACAACAAGCAGAUCUACCAAAUCGCCUCGACCGCCGUCGCCAAGCAUCCCGGCAAUGCUACCGCCAUCUUUGACGACAUCCUCAACGACCUCCGGGCCGACCCCAAGACCGCACCGUACAUCAACAAGAACCACUUCAGCGUCGAGUCCGAGUGGAUGUUCAACAAUGCCGGUGGUGCGAUGGGGAGCAUGUUCAUCAUUCACGCUUCGGUGACCGAGUAUCUGAUCUUCUUUGGCACGCCUGUGGGCACCGAGGGUCACACGGGACGACACACGGCCGACGACUACUUCAACAUCCUCACUGGCAACCAGUACGCCUUCCCGGCUGGAGCGCUCAAAGCAGAGCACUAUCCCGCCGGAUCGGUCCACCACCUCCGCCGCGGCACGGUCAAGCAGUACAUGAUGCCCGAGGACGGUUGCUGGGCGCUGGAGCUGGCGCAGGGUUGGAUCCCACCCAUGCUGCCUUUCGGUCUGGCAGACGUGCUCAGCUCGACGCUGGACCUGCCCACCUUUGGCAUCACGGUCUGGAUCACCGCGCGAGAGAUGGUUGGUAACUUGCUCAUUGGCAAGUUCUGA